CCGCUUUGUAAUUCAAAACGUUAUGGUUGGUUGUUGAAAAUUGAAAAUAUCGUGUUAUCUGUGGUCGUGCUGUGUCAGACGCAACGCACGACGUGUAUUUCUAGAGAAGUUGGCCGUCAUUUUGUUAUAUUUGUGUAUUUUAUCUGCGAUUUUAUGUGAUUAAUCGUUAAAAUGGCGAAAUUAGUUGAUAUAUACAACAGCGAAAAAGAACCUGUGAUAAAAAGACGGCAAUUGCCGUUAACUAUCUACGAAAACCUUACAAUGAUCAUGGAUUUAAACACAAUGGGUUUAAUUUGUGACAAUCCACAAGUAAAAGGUCGGGAGUACGAAGAAUUUAUGCGCAAAUAUAAAAUUCUAACGACGGACGAACUUAAAGCAGCGCUCAGAGUCGAUUCUUCUGAUAUUUUUAAUGUAUUAAAUCAAAGCAUUCCUUGUGUAGGCUGUCGAAGAAGUGUGGAACGCCUUUUUUAUCAACUAUGUAAAUCAGGACAUCCCACAUUGGAUCCAUUAGUGCUGACACCAGAUGAAAUAAUGACAAUAAGAGAAGACAAAAUAAUUCAUCCACAGUCCCUAGCCACAUUACUGAAUGGUCACAGUUCGGGAAUAGAAUGUCUUAUUCUUAGCCAGCCCAGGUGGAAGAAAUCUCAACGAUGUACAUUACAUUCGUUAGAGGCUGGCACGGCCCGGGGCUGGGGUGGGCAAGCGACGAGUGCGGGCACUGGUGCCACGGGGACGAGCGCGCCGUGUGGCUGGGGCUGGGCAGCAUGGGGCUGGGGCGGGCGGGCGGCCUGGCGUGCCGCUUGGGACGCUAUGCGUGCCUCGGCCCGCGACCACGUCACCCUCGUACACUUUAAUACGUUACACGACACUCUCCAUAACUAUUUGAGAAAGCAUCGUUUCUGUGCUGAUUGUAAAACUAAGGUAUUGAGAGCUUAUCAGCUGUUAGUGGAAGAGAAAGAACCACAAAAAGAGAAAGGAUAUGUUGGUGCGCUGUAUGGUGGUAUCAAGCGAUGUCUUUUAGAUAAGCACCUGCACUUGCAAGCUAAGACUGACUAUAUCGCGCACCUUAUAGCUAGAGCGGAGCCUGAACUAUUGGGAAACCACAGAGAGAGGCAUGCUAAGACAUUGGAAAUUGCACAAGAGGAGGUACUUAUCUGUCUCGGCAUAUGUAUUUAUGAGCGACUGCAACGCAUCUCUCUAAGGCUACGCGAAGAAGAAGGAACGUGUCAAACCCUCACCGCGGUCGCAGUAGAGGCACUCUAUCGCAAGUUUGAAACAGCUGUGGAACAUAAAACCGGAGUCUCAAAACUGCAGCUUCUAUAUGAUGAAAUUACUCAAGAGGAACAAACCAGGCAACAGAGAAAGGAACAGAAGAAACUCAAACGACGCAAGAAGAAGGAACGACAAGCUGUCGAAAGCAAAUGCAAAGAGGCUGAUUCAGAAGAACCUGAUGAAAAGUGCCAAUGUGAGGAAUGUUUAUUAGAGGAACGAGACACGCCAACGGAUCUGCUUUCACCGCGUGACUACAUUAAUCAACAGUGUUAUGAAGCCAGUGGUGAUGGAUGUCAGUCGUGUCAAGACGAUACUACAAAACGUCGCUCACCCAAAAAAACGGGCAAGAAACGGACCAAAAACGGUAACCUGUCGCCGAACGAGCAUUCUCAAGACUGUGGGUACUCAUCUGGGAACAAUGGAGGUUGCUGUGAAACUAUGUCUGGCAGUUCCUCUCUCAUGAGUUCACCCGAAGGUUCUGAAGUGGCUUGUUCCGAAGGGUUCUGUAAUCAUGAGAGAGGCGACUGUUUAGAUUUGGCUAAAAAUGAUAAGUCUUUAUGCUCAGGUUUCACACUUUCUCUACAGGAAAUGUUAAUGGACACAUGUUCAUCAGAUGAAGAACAGGAUACAAGUUAUAUUCCUAUAGAAGAGGUAAUGGAAUUUAAAUCACGUAGAAAUAUAACUGAAAAAAGACAGGAGUUACGACAGAACCUCCGCCAAAAAUUCGCUCAGCUAUGUGUGAACACGCCGCAGAUACAGCCGCUUAAACAAGACAAGUAGGCCGCCUGAAUGGCGACACUUUCCCGUUAUCAUUCAACUGCACUUUGUAAACCCAGUCAUGUUAUUCAAGAUUGGCUAUAAACCUGCUUUUAUGGCCUGUAGAUAAAACUCCUAAUACAUAAUACUAAUAUCCGGGAAUCCAGUAAGUAAUAUAUCGUAAUCUGGUCAGCAAUGUUCUGAUUAUGUGCAUAUUACAUCUACAUUCAAUAGUAACUAAUGUUAAUUAUAUGUACUGUAGCAUACCAGGUUAAGUUCUUCAGGUCUAUCUCCCUGCAUAUGAUAGUAAAAUAAAAUGUGUUAAAUACUCAGUAAUGUGCAUUAUAUCUAUACUAGUUCAACAUUAUUAAGCAAUCAGUUCAAAUAUCGUAUAGACUGACAUAUUGUUAUAACAUUAUAACAAACAUUGAAUUUGAUAUAUUCUUGAAAAAUCCAAAUCAACAAAAUAUAAACCAUCAUCUCAAAUCAACAUCAACAUUGUACAGAACAGAAUCAAAGUAAAAAAUGUUCUUAAAAUAAUACACCAUUUAUAAUAGAUCCAUGUACUGUAACCAUAAUGCAAUAGAUUAGUAUAAAAAUGUUGGUGGAUGCAAAUUUAAAAUAGUUCAUAAAUUUAUUUGAAUUAAAAAAAAUUCAUGUGUUAAAUUGUGUUCGAUGGCAUAGUGCCUAGCACUGGAAAAUCUGCAAGUGCAUGUUUGAAUGAUUCCAAAAAUACAAUGGAUUGACUGGAUUAAAACCAGCAUUUAAUAUAUUUACUAUUUAAAUUGUUAGAAAGCUUAGUAAUGAAAUAUUUAAAGUAGCAUUUUUGAUCAAAUUAUUUUAUUUCAAUGCUUUAUGUGACUCAACAUUGUAUGGUUCAUGAUGAAUUAUUGCUCGUUAUCAAAAAAAGCUUAGAAAAGCAAAAGGUCGGGAGUUACCUUGGCUGUUUCGCCAUUGUUAUUAAAGUCGGAAAACAUUUGUAAACUCAGUUUUAAAUAUACUAUAUAAUACAGUGAUAAUAAGUUUUAUUUACAAUAUACUAUCCAAUUUUACAGAUUGCUAUCUCUAGUUAUUAUAACUGUCCAAUGCAAAGUGUUGCAUUAGUACCACCGAAACCAAACGAAUUUUUUAAUGCAACUCUCCUGUCAACAUCCCACGGCUUUGAUUGUUUUGCAACAUAAUUCAAAUUAUCAACAGGAUCUUCCAAAUUGAUUGUUGGUGGUAUUAUUCCAUGAUGACAGGCCAAAACCGUAAAUACUGCUUCCAAAUUACCUGCAGCACCUAGUAAAUGGCCAUGAGCUCCUUUUGUGGAUGAAAUCAAUAUAUUUGCACUAUGAUCCUUAAACAGAGUUUUAAUAGCUGUUGCUUCAAUACCAUCUCCUAUAGGUGUUGAUGUGGCAUGAGCAUUAAUAUAGGUAACUUUUUCUUUUUCAAUGCAGCCAUCUCUCAACGCACGGCUCAUUGAUAACACAGCUCCACUUCCAUCAUCUCUAGGAGCAGUUAUGUGACUUGCAUCUCCUGAUAACCCAUAUCCUAGAAUUUCUGCAUACAUUUUUGCAUUUCUCUGUAAUGCAUGCUGAUACUCCUCCAAAACUAAAACAGCUGCACCUUCACCCAUAACAAAGCCAUCCCGUUUCUUAUCAAAGGGCCUGGAAGCUUUUCCUGGAUCAUCAUUGAAUGAUGUGCUCAGUGCUCGUAAUCUACUAAAUCCCGCUAUGGCUAAAGGACUGAUACAAGACUCUGCACCUCCACAAACCAUUACAUCUGCAUCACCAUUUCUUAUAAAUCUAAAGGCAUCACCUAUGGAAUGUGCACCUGUUGCACAUGCUGUAGAUACUGCAUGGUUAGGUCCUCUGAAGCCAUAUUUAAUGCUUAUGUGGCCAGCGGCCAUGUUAGGUAAUAUCCUAGGAACAAAGAAAGGGCUAACUUUGUUGUAACCUAUUUUCAAUGCAUCAUUAGUGUCACAUACAUCUUUCAAAUCUAUCAUUCCCAUCCCAAUAGCUACACCUGUGGACUCUCUGUCAAUAUCAGACUCAGGUAACCAUUUUGCAUCAGCCAAUGCUUCUGCUGUCGCAACAAGAGCGAGGCAUGUAGCUGGAGCCAUGGACUUCAGGUUAGACUUAGAUAGUGCUUUCGUCACUCUAUCAUCUUUGUCUACCGGUACUAACCCGGCUACCCUGCAAGGUAAUUUAGAGUAUUCAUUGCCUUGCAGACUGACUAUACCACAUUGACCUUUCAAAAUGUUUUGCCAUGCUAGUUCUGUACCUGUGCCAAGAGGUGAUACCACUCCUAGGCCUGUUACGACAACUCUUCUUCGUUGUGGAGACUGAGUGAUUGUUCUUAUUUGAUGAAUUAAUUUUCCCGACAUGAUUUUUAAAAAAGAUAUACAGAGGUGACACUUAAAGUAUACGGCUACCUAAAUAUGUUCUUAACAUAAAUUUCAC